GCGGGCGGGCCUGGGCGCCGUCCGGGCGGGCCGCGGCCGGUUGCGGGGUGAGGCGCACGGCGAGGAGCGGCCGUGGCUGCGAACCUGCCGAGAGCCCUUACCGAAAGAAACGCGACGUGGAGAGCCAGGCGGUGGUCCCACGUUAACAUGAAGGUGUCGAGGGCCCUGGCGGCAGGGAGCGUCCGGAGGAAGCAGCGAGGCCGGCGAGGCUUCUGAAGUGCGUCACACGGGGCGCAGGGCUGCUUUUGUUGUGGAGGGAGCACCUGCGUGAAUAACAACGUAGGAGGAAGGAUGCAGCUCGGAGGCAGGAUGGUACUCAUUGAUGUGUCACACCCGAGAAGACGCCAUUAACAGAAGUCCCAGAUUGAGUAGUUUGAUGCCAAUAUGAAAAUGACUGAUGCUGACCUAUGAGCCAGCUGAAAACGAGCUUUUCCUCAGAAGCACAUCUUCAAGAAGGCUGGGAUUAGAUCCAGUUCCAAACUUUACAGUAAAUGCUCCUGCAUGGUUUCUCAGUUGUAUCUCUGCUGCUUCCACUGGCAAAGCACCAGAUCUGACAGAGCUCCUGACCCAGUGAAUGCAUGAAUUACUGAAGGUGCCAUCAGAAGAUGCAUGUCCUACCUGAGAAAGCCAGGAGUUUCCUGAAGUCAUGAAAAAGAAGGAGAAAAUCCCUGAGCUGUGAUGAAGGAUGGCAAGGGAUUAGCUGUGCUGUUUGGUGACAUCCCACUGAAAGAGCAGACAAGAGGAGCAAGAGACACAUCUGUACACAGAUGGGAAUGCUCCCUGACCAACGCCCAGCACUGCCAGGACGCCUAUUUAUAAAGCUGGCUCAGGUGAGAGCUGCCAAGAUAAAUACCUGAUGUCAGGCUGUGAACAAAAAGGCAACUUCGAUCUUCUAUGGCUGUGAGUUGUCACUCAAAAGUAUUUUUGCCUUCAAAAUCCAUUCUCAAGCAGACAUCUGCUUUUCCUUGCUGCACAGUGCAGACUGCAGCCAGGAAGGAAAUCCCUUAUGGGACAGCCACGCAGAACUAGCCAAGGAUAAGUCAGCAUGGGAAGGAAAGGGAACAACACUGCAUCCCACUGGGCCUAGAAUACUUUUGGAUGCCUGCACUUCGUGUGAGACUGGUGCCUACUGGCCAAAGGCACCUCAGUCUGCCCAGUGUUGGAGAGGGAUCAUGGUACCCCAAGUUUUCACUUACAUAUAAGGAAACACUUGUUUACUCUGAGGAUGCCAGAGCCCUGGGCCAGGCUGCCCAGAGAGGUUGUGGAACCUCCUUCUCUGGAGCGAUUGAAAACCUACCUGCAUGUGAUCCUGUGCAACUUGCUUCGUGUGACCCUGCUUUAGAAGGUGGGGUUGGACUAGAUGAUCGCUGGAGGUGCCUUCCGACCCCUACCAUACUGUAAUUCUGCGGCUGGGUGACAGGCCAAGUGUCCCAUUCCCUCUGCCUGUAAGCAGGGGUGCUGACCAGCCUGGCUCCUCCAGCAACACUCCAGUGCCACACCGACUCUCUCCAGCUUGCACUCGAAACACCUCCUGAAGGAUCCGCAGCCUGGGGAGCGGACACCGGUGAGAGGAAGCGUGAGAAAGUGAGAAAGACAUGGUGGCUGUGAGGGGGAUCUAGUGCCCAUGGUUGAAGAGAGCUGUCCACCCAGGAGCCAGCACUGGAAAGGAGUGAAUGAGAUGAACUGUUUGGGUUAGAGUAUCUCAAAGGCUGAAUUAUUCUCUUGGAGAGACGUUCUAAAUGAGCCUGACCGAGAUCCUGGAUCUGUGUGAAGAGGACUAAGGAUAUAGGAUGUCAACUGAGACAGAACUUCAAGUGGCUGUGAAAACCAGCACCAAGAAAGACUCCAAAAAGAAAGGUCAGGAUCGCAGCGAGGCCACGUUGAUCAAGCGGUUCAAGGGUGACGGUGUGCGGUACAAAGCCAAACUGAUUGGGAUAGAUGAGGUCUCUGCGGCGCGAGGAGACAAGCUGUGCCAGGACUCCAUGAUGAAGCUCAAGGGAAUCGUUGCUGCGGCUCGGUCCAAAGGAGAGCAUAAACAGAAGAUCUUCCUGACAGUUUCCUUUGGGGGAAUCAAGAUCUUUGAUGAGAAGACAGGGCUGCUGCAGCACCACCACGCAGUGCACGAGAUCUCGUACAUCGCCAAGGACAUCACAGACCAUCGAGCGUUCGGAUACGUGUGUGGAAAGGAAGGGAAUCAUAGAUUUGUGGCAAUCAAAACGGCCCAGGCAGCCGAACCUGUGAUCCUGGACUUGCGGGACCUGUUUCAGCUCAUCUAUGAACUGAAACAAAGGGAAGAGAUGGAAAAAAAGGCACAAAAGGACAAGCAGUGUGAGCAGGCUGUAUACCAGACAAUUUUGGAAGAAGAUGUAGAAGAUCCUGUGUACCAGUACAUUGUGUUUGAGGCUGGACAUGAGCCAAUCCGUGAGCCUGAGACGGAGGAAAACAUUUAUCAGGUUCCUACCAGCCAAAAGAAGGAAGGUGUUUAUGAUGUGCCAAAAAGUCAACCUGUAAGUCUGCAGAAUGGAAACUUAUUGCUGGACAUUGAUGAAAAUCUUGUCUCAGUCACUCAGGCUGUUACCCAACUAGAGCUUUUUGGGGACAUGUCCACUCCUCCCGAUGUAACCUCUCCCCCAACUCCUGCUACUCCAGGUGAUGCCUUUAUCCCAUCUUCAUCCCAGUCACUCCCUGCUAGUACAGACAUGUUUGGUUCUGUACCUUUCAGCACUGCUGCCGUACCCUCAGGUUAUGUUGCCAUGGGAGCUGUUCUGCCCUCGUUCUGGGGACAGCAGCCACUUGUUCAACAGCAGUUAGCCAUGAGUGCUCAGCCUCCAGUCGCUCAGGUGAUGCAAGGAGGACAGCCCAUAGCGUGGGGCCAGCCUGGUAUUUUUCCUCCUGCUCAGCAGCCGUGGCCGUCUGUAGCUGGUCAGUUCCAACCAACUGCCUUCAUGCCCACACAAACUGUUUUGCCUUUACAAGCAGCCAUGUUUCAAGGUACCAUUGCUCCUGUAGCUACCGUUCCGCCCACAAGCGAUUCCACCAGAUCGAGCCCGCAGGCAGACAGGCCCAGGCAGAAGAUGGGAAAAGAAAUGUUCAAAGAUUUCCAGAUGGCUCAGCCUCCACCAGUGCCAUCAAGAAAACCAGAUCAGCCUUCCCUCAGUUGUACCUCAGAGGCCUUCUCCAGUUACUUCAACAAAGUCGGGAUGGCACAGGAAGCAGAUGAUUGUGACGACUUUGACAUCUCUCAGUUAAAUUUGACUCCUGUGACUUCCACAACACCAUCCACAAACUCACCUCCAACCCCUGCACCCAGACAGAGUUCUCCAUCAAAAUCAUCAGCGUCUCAUACCAGUGAUCCUGCUGCAGAUGACCUCUUUGAAGAGGGGUUUGAAAGCCCAAGCAAAAGUGAGGAGCAAGAGGCUGUGAGUAGCAACAAGCCUGAUGGCUCUCAGGCCUCAUCCAGCAGUGACCCACUGGGUGAGCCCACUGGCGAUACCAUAAGUCCACAGGUCGGUAGCUAGAUAGCGCAGGUCGGGGAAGCAGAACCUCUCUACGCCCAGAUCAACAGACCUAAGAAAUAGCAUUGUUACAGGCUGGUGGUGCUCCGAGACUCAAACCCAACCACCUGGCAGGCCUUUGGCUUUCGUGCUUUGUUCUGAUUGAUUUUGUCUGACGAGGAGACCUGAUUGCCCUCCUGGACUGGCUCUACGAGGUGUUACUGACGUUUUCUUUUGUGGCAAGCAAUGGCAGAUUCCUCUGGCAGCACAAAACCGACAACUCUCCCUGCUUUACCAGCCCCCUGCCCCUACAGGUCACGGCUAUGCAGACUUAGCUCCGCAGUCUUCUUUCGAGCGUUCGCCAUCCUCUGUGUGCCACAUAGAGACAAUGAAACUUGGUCAGCAUUGGACAUCCUUUUUCUUUUGAGCCAAGAGCAGAGUCUGUCUGUAGCAGUGGCAUCAUCACCAUCAUCCAGCAGCCUUUCUGGGGCACAAGUCGGCACUUUUUACGUCACGGCGACAUCUUUUGCCUCCUCAUCAUUUACAUCCAGGCCGAUCCUGGCUUCCUCCCCUCUCUCGUAGACCUAUUUAAACAGCAACAAAAAUACUGUGAGUGUCCUUUUUUUAUGAUGACAACGAUCUUAUUUUUCAGUUCUUUCACUCUGUAGUUUUGGCUGAGCGUCGAACCUUAACUCCUGCCACGGUGGCGGUCGCUGGCUCGCAACCACGAAACCCAAGCGCCGUUGUUUUAGCCCAUCCUGACUGGAAACAAAACGUUGCCAAAUGGAACCUUUUCAUCACUGAGGAAGAAGUGCUGCUUUUGGUUGGAGUGUUGUGGGUAGAGGAAAGGACAUGGGAGUCCCCCACCGAGGAAAGGACACGAGGAGUCAGGAUUCCCUAGGAAACUCUAAACACGAAGUGCGGAAAGGAAGGAGGAGUAUUUUUCUUUCUCCAGUCUCUUGCUGCUGUAAUGCUAUGCAGACAAGUGUUUCCUUCUCUCUGUGCCAUUUGUUUUUUUGGAUGAAAAAACAGGAAAAAAAAAAACCCAAACACACAAAACCAAAUCAUUUGCCAAAUAAUACUGCUGUGAUUCUUGUUUAGGGAGUUGGAGGAAAAGGGACUUGAGAGACGGGCGCGGGUUUUUGGAGUAACGAACUGAUUCUGCGGUCAAGGUGUUCAUCUUUGUCACUUUUUUGUACAUCAGAAAAGGGAAAAAAAAAAAAGAAGAAGGGGAAAAAAAGAAGAAAAAAAAUCAAAUGGGAUUUUUAUUUUAUAACUUGAAAAAAACAAAAACCAACCCAAAAUCUUAACUGUUAAACUUCUUUAAAUGUUUAAGGGGAAAUGGCUUUAAGGAGUUGGAGUGAAAAUCGCCAGGGCUUUUCUUCCUUCCUUUCCUUCCCUUCCUUCCUUCCCUUCCUUUCUUUGCUUUCUUUGCUUUCUUUCUUUUUUUGUAAAUAUAAAUGUUGUGAGAGUUCUUUUCCUGAUGCCAUCACACAGUAGAGAAGGUAGCAAGUGGCAGCGCUCGGGAGGUGUGGCAGACCCAGGUGGUGGUUCUCAGGUGGCACAGGUGGCUUGGAGGUUUGGUUUGGUUUUUUCAGGUGCUUCCAAGAAGGGGCUUGAAGCUCAAAGUGCACUUGCCAGAAGAGGUCAGCUGGACAGAAGGGAAUCACCAAUGACAGUUACCCUCCUCUUUUACUCUUGGGUACAAGACCUGAUGCAAGGGGGUGGCUGAUUUACUUUAGUCAACCCCCUAGAUGGUGAUGCUUCUGCCUCUGAAACCACCUCACCCUUAACCUCUAGUGCCCUACAUCUGUUGUGCAAGGGCAACUGAGGAGGUGAGGGGGGCUCAAGGGGAUUCCCUUGCCCCUUCUGACAGGCACCUGUGUUCAUUCCCCCUUGUUUCUUGGGUCACCUCCCUCUGCUAAGGGAGGUCUGCAGAGCCUGGUGCCGUAAAUCCAACUCCCUUUCAUGCUCCCUUAUAGCCCUUAGCCUUUCCACUUCAUCCUUCAGUUCAGCCACUAGGUUAAGCAGUCCAUUGAUCUGCUCACACCUAAUGCAGGCAUUGCCCCUGCCACCCUUUGACACCUGGGAGAGCAGCUAGGGAAAUGAAGAGGAACACAGGAUUUUGUGAGCUAGCAUUUAUCACAAGGACCUGCUCCCUUGACAAGAAACCACACUUCGCUGGCAUCCCUUUGAACCUCUGCGUAGAAGUCACUCAGCUGUUUACAGGCAGAACAAAAAGAGUCUUAAACUCCCUUUUUUUUUUUCUCUUUUUACAUUUCUGAAAGCAAAAAAAACCCAAGAAGUGCAGUGUUUGGGUUCCUGUCUUUAGCACAUGAUUUUCAUAAAGAAGCUCUAGAGUUUUUGUUGCCCUACAGAGGUCAAAUGUGUUUUCCUGAUGUUCCUAUGCAGCUAACAGGAGGUUGAAUUUAGUGAUUUAACACUGGAAAAAAAAGAGAAGGAAAAAAAGGUUAAAAAAAAUCAAAUGAUUUAAUCAGUUUUUAGGGUUGUAGAUUCUGUUUUUAAGUUGCCACAUUCUUGUCAUGGUCAACACGGGCCUGGAGUUCCAAACCUUUCACUUUCUCAAGCUAAAACUGGUUCAGCAGACAAGAAUAGCUGAGGUGGAAGUCGUUGAUGUGGACAACCAAAUCCCACACCACGAUUCCAGCCUUUGGGUGUUGACUUAGAGAAAAGUGCUUUACAGAACGUAAGUGAAGGACAAAGGAGCUGUGAAUAGACCUGAGGAGCCUUCCUUAGUCAUGUGCAAACAGCUUUGGAGCAAAGCUGCUGUUUUUCACACACCCCCCCUCAGAAGAAAGUUUUCUAACUGGAGAAGACCGAAAGCAGAGGUAAAAGUGUUUCUGAAGGACUUUCUUCAGUAAGAGUUAGCUUCCUGGUUUGCACAGGGGUGCUGCUUUCUUCAUCACUGGCUCUUUUGGGCUUCGUCCUCCGUGCGGAACCACGAAGAGAGUUCAGGUUCGGCGCAGACGUCUGGGGUUCGGUAUCAUCGGUACCCGUCCGGCUGUGGGGUGGAAUGUUGAAAGGAAAAAGAAGAGCUUUGUGCCUCAGAGGCUCUGUUGCCAUCGCAUUUGUAGGAAGCAGAUCAGUUACAAAUUAGGUGCCGAGGGAAUGAGGCUGGGAAGUUAAGUGUCCCAUGAACAACAGCUGGAAACCAUCGCCGUGGACCUUUCUCUUACCUUUACCAGCGCUCCUAAAUCAAACCAAAUUCCAAGUUAAACCUUGUGGGAAGAUUAGAUCAUCCUUGGCGUGGUCGAGAUGCUGAGUUGAGAGGACAGGAAGGCCUCUGCACUGUACCAGUAUUGUAGAUAACUCCAAUAUCCAGCUUGUGCAAUUGUCUAAUCCCUCAUCCUUCACUAGCACUCAGUUCGUCACUUUAAACUUCAAAUCCAGGGAUUCCCACCAGCCAUCCUGUUACCAUCCCCCACCACACACCCACCCACCCCCUUCCCUGUAGCUUCUUGGUCUUGACCUGUCAUGAGAAGAUAUUUUGAUAGAUCGUAGUCAUCCAAGUGUCUGAUGAAACCUUUCAUCUGAUAACGUCCUGGGCACCUUCUUGGCAAAACAGUGUUUACUCCUUUCGUUUCCCUUCCGUUGGCCUUUAUCUGCGUCCCCCACACCUAUUUUUUUAAUAAAGAUGAGAAAGCUAAAACGACUCUUUGCAAGUACAUUUCUAAACCUACUACUUUUAACUUUUACCUCAGAUAAUGACCAUUUGUUAAACAUAGAAGGACACAGUUCUUUUUAACUUCACGUGUGAUGCAUCCGGCAGCGACCACAACCAACAGCGACAACCACCACCGCCAACAGAAACCCAACCCUUUUUGGAGGUCUUCCUCCCCCCCCCUCCCCCCAUUAAUUUCUGUAACACACCAUGUAAUACUGUUAUGAAUAAAACAAACAAACAAAAAAAAAACCAACAAAAAAAGGCAUUUGAAAAAGGUGGCAUUUCAGUAAGUGUGGUUCAUAGAAGCUCUUUGCCUCUUCUGUGCUGGCUCUGCCGUGCUCGCAGCGUUGGUGUCCGUCGCGGUUGAUGGUUUUGGCUUGCAAUAUCUGGGAAAGGAGGAGGGGGAGAGGGGAAACUUCAAACCAGAAGUGCCUCAAUGUGGGGAAUACCUGAUAUUAAAUCCUCUUAACUGUU